AAAAUACAUUCAAAGUUGUGUGAUCGUUCAGUUGUGUUCGAGUCGUCCUGCCGCACGUUACGUCUACGUUUGAUUUCGUCUACGAAGCCGUCGCCGCAUUUGUGACAACUUUUUGUAUUGCAGAAAUACCAUCGACCAUCACGACAAUACCCGCUGACCAGCGAACAGUAUCUUUUUAUUAUUACCAAGGAAACUUGUAUUAAAUUAUCAAGAUGCUCGCAAACUCCGCAAUGGAAAUGCAAGUAGAGGAGACUCCGUUGGCUCUACGUCGCCUGUGGAAUCUGACCCGCGCUCGUUUAGCCGGCACCACCACUACGAUUGAUGAACCAGAGUUAGUGGAUAACCUACCUUAUGCCCAGGAGCCCGAGGAGAGACCGAAGGCUUUGUCAGCACCGAGUGACUACGAGAGUGAUGGUGAAGAGGCUUUUUCGGAGUUAGAAAUACCGGAAAUCCCGGAGGUUCCAUGCAAAGGUUACUGGACAUCGAGUGUGUACGAUAAAGAGGUUAUAUUGGACGCAAGCACCCUCGGCGAUGUGCCCGCCGUGUACCGCGUGCCGCAACCCGCCCCCCACCAAAUGCCUGUCAUCGGAGUUUACAUUGACCCUAGAGUCAGAACCGGAUUCAGAUAUAAAAUUAGACCAAUGCAGGCUUUAGACGCUCCACCUCUAUCAGUGAAGCCGAGGUACUUGUUUGACGGCAAGGCUCUGACGCUGCAAUCGAUUGGUCGCGGCUUUGCUCGCCGGCUGACAUUCGAGCCGAUCGAUUCCACUCUUAAUGACAACACCAACUACUUCUGGUCAGACUCGAGACCGGAGGGAUUCCUGUUUGAGAUCGAAGCCGUUUCCAUUGGUGACAAAUUUACUAUUUACGACGCAAACCAUGAACCACAAGGCAUUCUGGAAGUUGUUCAACAACAGAAGAAUCAAAUAGAAAUAAACCAGCUGAUAGGUGCAGAUGGCACGAUUGAGAAGAAAGUGAAGAUCAACACACUUUGUAAAGUUGAAUGGUAUGAAGAUGAUGGUGCUACUAAAUUAGUACCGGUCACUGGAGUUGCUCUGCUCAAGAAAGGUCGUGGUAAUGCCACAGUUGUAAGAGUCAUCAAUGUUGCCAUUGGAAUCAAACAAUUGAAGAAAGGUUACGAACUGAAGCCCGGCAUUCAAUCUUCAUCGAGAAGAGUUAAAGUCAAUGGAGCUGAAAUAAAAGAUAUUCCCUGCCAAUACAGUAUGGUGGGAUUGGAAAGAUACGAACUUCCAGUUAUUGGUACCUAUGUUGAUCCCCGCAUUAUUCCUGGGUUCUCGUACCGCGUGCGUCCCGCCAACAGCCGUCGCCAUCUCUUCGACGGCCGAAGCUUGAUGCUGCAGUCUGUUGGUAUGGGAUAUGGCAAGCGUAUCACCUUUAAACCCGAUACUCUUAACGCACCUGAGAAUUACUUCUGGUCUGACUCUCACCCUGAGGGUAUCGGCAUGGAGCCCCGCGCGGUCCAUCCUAACAUGAAGUUCUCUAUCACAGGAAAUGGGGGCCUUCUUGGCGAAGCGAGUGUGUUCCGGGCUGAUCUACCACAAAUCGAAAAGAAGACAGAAUAUGUGGACGUGCCGGGUAAGCGCGGGAAGGCGGUGGAGAAAUAUAUCCAAGUGGACGUGACAUGCCACGUGAAACUGGCCACCACUGGAGGAGGAUCGGUAGACUCCGAGGUGCAUCUGAUGAAGGUGUCGGGAACGGCUCUCGUACGCAAAGACCCGGGGCAGCAGACAGCCAAGCUGAUCAAGGUGUUCAACGUCGGCUUGGAUUCACAACUGAACCUGCUGUUCGCACACUCACAGACGGAGCUCACCUUCCACCCCAUCCCUUAAGCAGCCACGAGAACCGAAUGGUAUUGCAAUACAUGAGAAAGUGCAACUUGCGCUACUCAAACUGUAUUGUGAUAUCAACAAAACCCACCUGGCGCGACUUAGGUUACGUCAAUUCAAACUGGUUUGGUCACGAGUUUGCAACCGAAAAGAGGUCAUUUAUUGUCCCUUUUGCUGUUGGCAAUUCGGUUGUAGAUUCGUUGUUGCAGCGAAAGCGAAGCUAUAGUAUAUGAGCUAAAUAACAUCAAGACGCUCUUGUCAAGUCCGGUAUUAGGCUUUCGCUGGCAAUGAUUGCCGUUUAACAUCUCUGGUUCUUAAAAAAUAUAUCAUUCUUUGUUUCUUUUAUUGACAAUUUUUUUAACAUGUAACAGUACUCCAACAAUCUUAAGAAAGAUGAGAAAAAUCUUUGUCAUUUAUUGUUUGUUUUAAUAAUAAUUUUGUUAUUACGGAGAGAGUAGAAAAGACUAGUGACUAUGACCAAUAGAUACGUCAAAAUUCAAUCAACUACUCAUUUUAUACUAGCAAAUAACUUACACUGGUGAUAAUUACUAUCA